AUGUCAUUCAAGUUUGGGUUAAAUGUAAAAGCCAAGGGUAAUAACCCGCUCGCCAAAGCUGGAGCGAAACCAGCACUUGGAAAGAAGAAGAAACCGCUAUUCGGUGACGAUGAAGACGACGACGUAAAAGGCAAAGCAAAGGCAGCAGACGGCGUCCAAGAAAUUGGAGAGCUCAACUUUGAAGACACACUUGCAUCUGCUUCGUCAGAGCCUUCAAAACCCGCCCCAUCAAAGCAAAAAAAGGGCCAGCCGCCAGCUCCUCCGAGCAAGAAACCCAAGCCGAAGGAAGAUGAUCCUACCAAUGUCGCAUACUCCGCCAGCGCCGCCGAAGCCGAGAAACGGGCGCAGGAAGCCCUAGAAGCCGAUGCCACACUCUACGACUACGACGCUGCCUAUGAUGCCAUACAUGCGCAAGAUGCUGCAAAAGCGGCAGCCGACCGUCAAGACGCUGCUCAACGGAAACCCAAGUACAUGGACGCGCUCUUUGAGUCGGCCGAGCAGCGGAAGAAGGACCAAUUGCGCGCGCGUGACAAGCUCUUGCAACGUGAGCGAGAAGCCGAAGGCGACGAAUACGCUGAUAAAGAGAAGUUUGUGACUGGCGCAUACAAAGCGCAGCAAGAAGAGACGCGCAAGGCCGAGGAAGAGGAGAAGAAACGGCUAGAGGAAGAAGAAGGCAUGAAGAAGAAGUUUGGUAUGCAGGGCUUCCACAAGCAAAUGCUUGCUGAGCGGGAGCGACGACAUCAGGAAGCCAUGGAAGCUGCCGCACGCGCCUUCAAAGAAGGUGUCAAGCUACCAGCCGAGGAAACCGAAAAGGAAAAGACCGAUGCCGAAAUAGCAGAGGAGCUACGCAAGCAAGGAAAGAAGGUUGUACUCAACGACGAUGGCCAAGUAGCCGAUCAUCGCCAACUCCUCUCCGCCGGUCUCAACGUCAUUGCAAAGCCCAAGCCCACUUCUACAGCUUCUGCCUCUUCCUCCGCCGCCACAGAUGCACCCAAGUACACGCCUCCCUCACAUGGCAUUCACAAGGGAGGCCGCAAUGCACAGAGAGAGCGCCAGACAGCCAUGAUUGCCGAGCAAAUCGAGGCUGCAAAUAAGAGAAAGGCAGAGGAGGAGGCGGAGGAGCAGGCGAAGAUUGAACGCGCAAGGAAGAGUCAGAAGACGGAUCAGGAUAUUAGCAGUGCGAAGGAGAGGUACUUGCAGAGAAAGAGGGAAGCUGCUGCAGCAAAGGCGGCUGCUGGU